UAUUACUUACUUUAUUCCGCGCUCACUUACUGCCAGUUAAGCCGCUCAGCGAAGUGCAAGGUGGCAGUGUUACUGUUUCUUUUAUUCGGUCGUAGGUGAAUCAUUAGUGAGAAUGGCACUAGUGUUAUUGGACAAUGUUUCGACCUGCUUGGCGUUAGCGUUCUCGUCCUUAGAUCGAAUUUACGAGACAGUCAAUAAAUCAAAACUAAAAGUGUUGACCGCUAACCUCGGAACGCUUUUGGACAUGUACGGAGUCGAAGGCUUGGACCAAUUCAAGGAAACGCAAUAUUUGAAUUUUCAGGAAUAUUUAGAGUAUUUACGUCAGGAGGUGUUUUCGUCGCUACCUGACAACACUUCCUGGCUGCUGCAGUCUUGUGAAGGUAAAAUUGCCGAGGUGUGUUGGUUACUGAGCCGCAAAGAGUAUUUACUGCCCGAGUACAAAUUCAACGAUUCCUCCGUGUAUGAAUUAUAUAGAAUAUUUUGUACAUUGGCGGAACUGUCUCUAGACGACGAAAAUCGCUCACAGGCCCUGUUGUCGACGGCAGAGGCGGAAAUAAUUGCUCAGAAAUUGUCUGCAUUAUUAGGAAAUUCGUGGGAGGAUGGAUUCAAAAACUGGAGUAUGUCAAUGGAUAACUUUUCACUGGGGACGUUUAUUCAGAAUCUAGAAGCACAUUGCAUACGACAAAUUAAAGAUAAGCAGGCGAUCGUGGAAGCUGUUCAUGAGUUAUAUCAGACAUAUGUCGAAGACGUGCUCAAAAAGGGUACGCUGAAUAAACGUGGUUAUAUAUUCCCCAAAAUGAAGGAAUAUUGGUUCGUGCUCAAACCAUGCGAAUUGAGCUACUUCAAAACUGCAACCGAGAAGUACAAAUGCGGCAGUAUCAAUUUGCAACCAGGGAAUAGAAUUGAACAAAAAUCCGACGCUAAAUUACUGUUGCAUACACCUGAAGGAAGUUUUGAAUUAGGUGCUCAGGAUCACAUGAGUCAACUACAGUGGCAUAUGGCAAUACAGAACGCCAUCGAGUAUUCCGGCGGUAAACAGUCGUAUCAAAGACAACAGGCAUUGAAACGACAAAAACAACGUCAAAGUCGAGCACAAGAAACUCAAACGGUUAAGGAACAAUUGCAGCUUGAGAAGUCCGCUAGACAAUUAGCGGAAGGAAAGGCUAAAGAAUUAAAAGAGGUGGUUGAAGAAGAAUCCAGAAAGCUGCAGGAAAUGGAAUUAGUCCAAAAUUUAGAAGAACUACUUGUGGAAGAAACACAGGCAAGGAAAGACGAAGAAAUUGUACGUGGAUUGCAGUCGCGACUCUUAGUCGAGGAAUGGGACAAGAGGGCUGAGUUAGAAGCUUUGCAGGCGGAACAAGCUAAUUUAAUAGAUGAAGAAAACAAGAAAAUGCGCAAAUACCAGGAACUUGAUCACCAAAAGGAAAUUCAACUCCAAGAUGCCCACGCCCAACUUUCACGUCUACAGAAAGAAAGGCAGGAAUUAGAUGAAGAACUAAAAAGGCUAAAUAAAAUUAGUUGUUCCGAACAACGGAAGGAAUACCUCGAGCUGUAUCUUCGAGAAGUCGAAAACGGCGAUGUUUCUGCGGAACAAAAAGCGGCAGAAAAACAGACGAGCGCAUUCUUAUCACUUCCAACACUAAGAAGCGAUCUCAUUGAGAAACGACAAUAAAAACUAAGACUUUAAUAAUUUUAUAUAAAUGACAUAUGCAAAUAUACAUAUUUAUUCCAAAA